UAAAAAAAUAUUAAACAUAAUAAUAAAAAUAAAUAAAUUAACUUGUUAAAGCAGCAAGCAGAAAGAAGAAAUAAAUAAACGCAUAUUAAAUUGACAAAGUUCAUUACUGCGACGUCAGCGUCGACGUCGACGUCGUCGCAUACGUGACCACGGCCAGCUACACAACAACAACAACGAAAACAACAACAAGCAGCAGCAAGAUUGAGAGGAGAGGAAACAACAGCAGCAACAGCUGUCAAAAUGCCACUCUCUCAGGGAUAUUAUAUGAAGCCGACAGUGGCCACCAAACGCGCUCUCAAAGCACUGCGCAAGGAGAGUCAACAGCAGCAGCAGCAGCAACAUACGCAGCAGCAUUCACAGCAGCAGCAACAUAUGCAGCAGCUGCAUGCCGGCAGCGCAGCCAGCUCAACGCAUACUCUGCAGGCACUGCUGCAGAGCAGCAACAGUAACAGUAGCCAUAACAGUGGCAAUAACAGUCACUGUAACAGCUCGCUGCAUUUGUCGUAUCUGUUGGGUGAAUCAUUUGCUCGUUUGGGCAGCUUGUCGCAAGCUUUUGAUGUCUACGAGUUGAUUGCCAGUCGCCAGCAGGAUGGACAUGUGCCACUGGACAAGUUGGCAACACUGGCGAGCGCUUUAACAGCGCACAUACGUCAGCUGGCUGGCAACAACAGCAGUCAUGCUGCAGACGCAAUGUUGCCGACUUUAAAGUCACGGUAUACACAACACACAUUGGAUUUGCAUUUGAAUGUUGCCAAGGCAGAUGUUGCCAAGGAUCGUGCAACUUUAAAUGAGGAUUACGAUCCGCUGUUGUGUCCGCUUUGUAGGGACAUGUUGCGUGCACCGGUUACCACAAAUUGUGGUCACACUUUUUGCGGCCAGUGUUGUGAAACGAUAACGCAGUGCAACAUCUGUUUGGUCAAGUUUCCGCGUAUGCCACACGGCGGAGCAAUCACCAGCACCACCAGCAGCAGCCCCUCCUCCCCCCACACCAAUUUCAGCAGCGUUUCCAUCAGUUCCGCAUCUGCAGCCGCAUCCUUGCGCUUUAUGACGGCGGCAAUACCCUCGGCAGUCGGACUGCGUCUAACGGUGCCUGCCCCUGCUACCAUUGCCAUCCCCUCGCCAGCACCCACCACAGUGACCACCACAACAGUGGCAUCCACAACAGCAACGGCAACCACAACAAUGGCAUCCAACAGCUCCGCAUCCGCUUCCGCCUUCGCAUCCGCAUCCGCCUCAAUGGGGGGCGGUUAUGCACUGGGCGUGUCCACAGCCAUGAAAUUCAUGCCAGAUGUUUUGGUCCGUCGCCUGGUGGAGAAGUGGUGGGGAGCGGAGCUUUUGGCCAACAAGAUCAUCGAGCGGGCCAACAGCUGCAUGCACGCCAAUCGACUCGACGACGCCCUCAAGUUCUGCAACGCCAGCCUCGAGAAAGCGCCGAUCAACUUCAAAAGUCUUUGCCUCCGAGCUGAAGUUCUUCUCAAGCUGAGCCACUUUCAAAGCUCUCUAGCGGAUAUUGAGAAUGCGCUAAAAACACGCUGCACAUCGCCCAAGGCACAUUAUUUAAGAGCUUUGGCACUCAGCGGACUGGGCAGAUUGGAGGAAGCGCUUUACAAUGGCUUUCUAGCCAUUUGUUUGGACAGGAACACAAAUCUCAGCAAUUCGGAAAUAUUUCAACAUGAUCUCGCCAAGAUACUGCAACGUCUCCUGGCACAAACGCCCAAAAGUCGUGGAGCGAACGAAUCGCUGUCGCCGUUGGCAGCGCAGCAGCAGCGCAGCUACGCCGCUGUCAAAGCGCCGUACGUGUUGUUGUGGGAGCAGCUGCGUCGACGCAGAAGACAGCAGUAUCAUCAUCAACAUCAUUAUCAUCAUCAUGUGCAUCUGGACGAUGUGGAGGAUGAAUUCGGCAUGAGUUGCGAUCAACACUUUGAAAAUUACAUCAUGGCCGACGAGGAAGUGGAGGACGUGGAGGUGGAGGUGGAGGAGGAGGAGGAGGAGGCAGAUGUGGAAGCCACACAUCUGCAUAUGGAUGGGGAUUUUCUAUUUCCAAGCGCCCUCGAUUAUAUCGAUCAGCACAGUGUCUACGAUCAGUUGCACUCCGCCAAACAAUUCGAGUUGCAAUCUCGUCGUCGCGCCAACCGAAAGCAUUGCCGCAGAAAAUGGCCAGCAUCACAGUUGCCACUCCACGAGUCGAGGAUCGAUUUCGAUAACGAUAUCGAUAGCGAUCAUCGACGUUGCAGUCGCUUGCUGAGCGGAAUUCUGGAACGCACGCAACUCGAAAUGCAGCGACUGAGAAAGUUGGAUGCAUCGGGUGAGUUGAGGCGACAGGUGACGUCGGUGUCGGGUCAACUGAUCGAUGCGAGCGACUUUGACUGCGUGCUGUGCUGCAGGACGAUGUGGAAGCCGGUGGUGACGCCGUGUGGACACACUUACUGUCUGGUAUGCUUGGAUCGUUGCAUGGAUUACAACUCCUCGUGUCCAUUGUGCAUGUCACCACUUGUGGAAUUCAAUAUCAAUGUCCAAAAUAAUAGUAAUAAUAAUAGCAGUAAUAAUAAUAAUAAUGUGUAUCAGGGCUCAUCGUUAUCGACAUCGCCAUCGUUAUCGGCAUCGGCAUCGCCAUCGUUAUCGCCAGUUCCUUUUGCGCUGGCCAAGCGGCCAGUUACCAAAUUCCUAGAAGCCGCAAUGAAACGAUUCAUUCCAGACCACUACGAGGCACGAUUUCGGCAGGAGAUUGACCAGGAACCAGCGGUACCUGUUUUCAUAUGCACCACCGCCUUUCCUGCGGUUCCCUGUCCGCUGUUUGUCUGUGAUCCUCGCUAUCGCCUGAUGGUGCGACGCGCUCUUGAAUCGGGCGAUAAAACAUUUGGCAUUGUCCAGCCGCAUAGUGGCAAAUCCAGAUACUAUGAUGUGGGCACUAUUCUGGACAUUAGGGAUUGUGUUUUACUCGGCGACGGUUGCUCCAUACUGAGCACCAUUGGCUGCAAGCGUUUCAAAAUCCUGGCACGCAGUGAAAAAGAUGGUUAUGAGACGGCCAAUGUGGAGUACAUUUCGGAUGAGCCGAUCGCUCACGAUCAGGUCAAAUCGUUGUCGGCCAUGCAGUCGCUGGUAUUGGCCAAGGCCACUGGCUGGUUUGACAGCCUCAGCAGCGACCAGAAGCACGAGAUACUCCAGAGUUAUGGCCAAAUGCCGCCGCUCGAGCACAGCUGGCAACUGAUCACCGAUGGACCCGCCUGGGCCUGGUGGAUCAUCGCCCUAUUGCCACUCUCCCAGCAGCUCAAGGUGGAUAUUUUGGCCACCACGUCGCUGAAGAAGCGUCUGCGAGCGAUUGAGAAGACGCUGGAUUGGUUAAAGGAGCUGAGUCAGCCACAACAACAGCAACAACAAAAGGCGCCGCAGUCGCCGCAGCAGCCGCAUGAUCUCAGCCUGGAUUGCGAGGAGCAGGCAGCUGUGGAGGCAGCGGGAGUCGAUGAAUGUUGCCUCUAUGCGGAGCCACAUACCGAUGAGGAGCUGCUAGUCUAGUUGUUCUCCAUCCCCAUCUCCAACUCCAUCUUCAUCUCUAUUCUCAUCUCGUAGUUGUAGUUCUAGUUAAAUGUCAAACAUUUCUAUGUGUGGUGAAAAACAAAAACAAAGCAACAAACUAAAAUAAAAUUAGGGUAUUCACAUAAUGAAGUAUUGUUGUAUUUGUGUAAAAAUACUGUUAACAACAAUAUGUACUGAAAUGUUUUACACGACAGAUCCUUGACUACGAAAAAGUACUGUAAAGUUACACAAAGUGUAAAAUUUAACAGAUGUUAAUUACAUAACAAUAGAUAUUUUAUUUAAUAUUUGGUAUUUUUAGGGGUAUGUUAUGCUACUUGUGUUAUUUUUAGCAUUAAAUUAAAAAAUCAAAACAACUAUUGCAAUGAAUGUAUAGCUUUAUGCCUUAAAAAGGGCUGUUCAAUAUUAUUGUAUAAUAAAUUUACACAAUUAUACAAAUUAUGUGAAUACCCUAAAUGUAACUAAAUUCUGUGUCUAAGCCAUUUGUAUUACACGUUACACGUUAUCCUAGGGGCCAAAACGAAAGAUAUAUAAAACUUAGCAGAACCAAAUUAACAGUAGUUGACAACUAUAUACUGUACUCUGUAACUGUAAUUUAGAACUGUAACUAUAACUAUAUAAACUGUAAACUAAAUGUGUGUAAAAGUUGAAAUUGAAAUUGAUUGAUGUGUAGCGAGUUUUACAACAAAAAACAACAAGAAUUAUAUAAAUUCACAUACAAUCAAAAGUUCUUAACAAUAAUAACAAAAGAAAAAAGAAACAGAGCCCGCUGUCCUUGUUUAACCAUAAAACAUCAAACAUUACAUUAAACAAUCCACAUUCCACAAAAAAA